AUGUCCGCAGGUGCUCCUCCCUCCUCGCUCGAUCCCCGCUCCUCUCGAGUCGUCGCCCCUUUGGCUCCUGUUGCGAUGCUGAGCCCACCUCCGGCCCCACCCGCGACGGCGCAGGAUGAGGUGCGUCCCUUGCCGCCGAUGAAGAUUAAGCUUUUUCCGUACGCCGUGUACUGCGUGUUCGGCGGCAUGGGCCGCACCUGGGGCAUGGCUAUGGUCGGGCUCCACAUUGUGAUCUGCAUCGUCAAGGUCCUCUCCUUCACUACAGAUCCCGAGGAGGCCCGCUUCUGGAUACCGAUCUUCCGCGUCUGGGUGUACCUCUGCAUCGCCGCCACGGUUGUCAUGACGUGCGUGUGCAUCGUCUACUACAUGCCCGUGUAUGGGGUGUACGCCGUGAGGCUUUGUGAUGAAGGGAUCAAUGGUAAGGACCAGCGUGCUGAAAAGAUUUUGCUUUCUCUUGCCCCACCAGUCGAAGCAAAGAUAGAGGACAGAUGGUGGGAAACAUCAGUGAAGUCACAUCACUUGACGGCCCGAGUUGAACAUGACCAUCGUCGAAAAGUGGAGGAAAAGAGCAACCUGUUGAGUGCCAUGAUAACAAAAAGGCCAGUGCACUAA